UCAUGCCAAGUUUCCAUGGAAGCCAAACAUCGUCUUCAAAUGCCACCCUCGCAUUCACCAAUCUACCACGCAAUCAUCCAAGCAGGCCCACGUCUCAAACCUCUUCAACAAGUCCACGCUCGAAUCAUCGUCACGGGCUCCGGUCAUAGCCGAUCUCUCAUCACCAAACUCCUCUCUUUUGCUUAUGCCGCUACUUCACCCCUUAGCUACACGCGUCACCUCUUCUUUUCCAUCUCCAAACCAGACACCUUUCUCUUCCAUUCUCUAAUCACCUUGACCUCUAAAUUCAAUUUUCCUCGAGAAUCCCUUCUCUACUAUCGCCGGAUGUUAUUAGCCAAUAUUUCAUCCUCAAAUUACACAUUCUCCGCCGUGAUUAAAUCUUCUGCCGAUUUAAUGACUUUCAGUAUCGGUAAAACCAUUCAUUGUCAUGUUUUGAUUUGUGGAUACGGUUUGGAUACAUAUGUUCAAGCUGCUCUUGUGAGUUUUUAUGCUAAAACUGGUCAUGUAAGGACUGCCCGUAAAAUUUUCGAUAAAAUGCCUCAAAGAACAAUAGUGGCUUGGAAUUCGAUGAUUUCGGGAUACGAGCAGAAUGGGUUUGGGAAAGAAGCAAUUGAAUUGUUUCAUUUGAUGCGAGAUUCGGGAGUUAAGCCGGAUUCUACAACGUUUGUUAGUUUGUUAUCUGCUUGUGCUCAGGUGGGUGCAACUGGUUUAGGCUGUUGGGUGCAUGAGUAUAUUGCUAGGAACUGUUUCGAUAUGAAUGUGGUGCUUGGUACUGCGUUGAUUAAUAUGUAUUCGAGGUGUGGAAAUGUGAUCAAAGCACGAGAAGUUUUUGAUUCGAUGGAGGAAAAGAAUAUUGUUGCUUGGACUGCUAUAAUUUCAGGGUAUGGAAUGCAUGGUCAUGGUAGCCGAGCACUUGAGCUCUUUAAUGAAAUGAGGCUCCAUGGUCUACAACCCAAUAAUGUAACGUUUGUCGCGAUCUUAUCGGCUUGUGCUCAUGCAGGGCUAGUUAAUGAAGGGCGCCGGAUAUUUGCCAGCAUGAAGCAGGAAUAUGGAUUGGAGCCAUCGGUGGAGCAUCAGGUUUGUAUGGUGGAUAUGCUUGGGCGUGCUGGACACUUGAACGAAGCGUAUCAGUUUAUCAAAGACAUACCUAAAGAGCCAGCUGCUGCAGUUUGGACUGCAAUGCUGGGGUCUUGCAAGAUGCAUAAGAAUUUCGAUCUUGGAGUAGAAGUAGCGGAGCAUCUUUUGAGUCUGGAGCCCGAAAACCCAGGACAUUAUGUAAUGCUCUCGAAUAUAUAUGCAUUGGCAGGUAGGAUGGAUCGAGUGGAAAAGGUCCGAAACAUAAUGAUAAGAAAUCGCUUGAAGAAGGAAGUAGGCUAUAGCACAAUAGAUGUUGAUCAGAAGGUUUAUUUGUUUAGCAUGGGCGACAAAUCUCAUCCUGAGACGAAUCAAAUUUAUUUUUAUUUGGAUGAGUUGAUGAGUAGGUGCAGAGAAGCCGGCUAUAUACCAGCAUCCGAGUCUGUAAUGCAUGAAGUGGAAGAAGAGGAGAGGGAACAUGCCCUUAGGUACCAUAGUGAGAAACUCGCAAUAGCAUUUGGCUUACUAAAAACUGGCCCUGGUGUGCCUAUCAAGAUUGUCAAGAACCUUCGAAUGUGUGAGGAUUGUCAUACGGCCGUCAAACAUAUUUCGGUUAUUGCUAAUAGGGAGAUUAACGUUCGUGAUAGACUUCGGUUUCAUCAUUUUAAAGAUGGCUCAUGUACUUGUGGAGACUAUUGGUGAUGAAUUUAGCUGCUGUUUAUGUAAGCAUAUUGAAGGUCUCAUUUUUUUCUCCGAGUAGCCAAGAUGAACAGCACAG